UGUUGGAAAAUUCACAAAAUGUCGUCAUAGCUAAAAUAGUACACGCAUAAUAAUUUGGUUCUGAUAAGCUAUACUGAUAUUAUCACUGACUCAUACUAAAAUUUAGCGAUAUGCUAAAAUUUAAGCUUGUGCUGACUAUGGUCUUACAUGAAAUUGCGCAUGCAAUUGAGUGACUUGAAAAUAUAUUGGCGAUAUGCAAAUCGCGAGCAUAGGAAUAAUUAUAGUCUCUAUUCACUGUCAGGUAGAGAGAAGAAAAUAGGCAAUAUUCGUUUAUAAAAGGAAUGCAAUGUGAUCAGCGUCGUCUUUUGCAAGUUCGCUUCUAUUUUGGUUAACUCUCGAAUAUCUUAGUGAUGCCAUAUAAGUGUGUUUGUAAUUAAAGAAACUAAAAAACCUGCAAUAUUUUUCUCGGAAGAACAGUGAUCGUUCAAGAGUCUAAAUGCGUGUACAUCUGCUGUUAAUUUUGUUCUUCGCGAGCGGUAUCUUAGCGCGAAGUGCUAGAAAUAGAAGGGAUACUGAUCUGACUACAUUUAAACUUCCUGUCAUUUCUACAACUGAGGCUUAUAAUGGAAAUAAGACAACGGACGUUACUGGAGAUAGUUCUGAUGAAACUAAUCAUGGAAAUAAUAUUUUCAAUCAUCCAUUAAGAAUGAUAUUGAACCUUAUUAAAUCAAUAAUAUUAGUCAUUAAGAAUACAUUAUCGACAUUUUCAAAAACAGUAAAUUCAACGAGUAACUUUGUGGUACGCGCUAUGCAACAACCGUUUAAUGAAAUAUUAAGGACGAUAAUCAGAAUCCUUGAGUGGUCAUAUACCAAUAUUUUUAAUUAAAAAAUGAUAACAUUAUAAAAUUUUUUCAAAUUUUGAACAGUUACAAAUAUAAAUAACUAUCAGCUGACAAGGUUGGACUAUCAUUAAAAGUCGAUAUUAAUCACUGGAGAUUACAAGAAGUAUUAUCAAAUCUAGACUAAAAAGGAAGUCCAUCCAUUGAAUACCUAUCAUAUUUUUUGGUACACAGCGGAAACUUUUUGGUCAACUAUAUCAUCAACGUACUUUUAUCUACUUAAAUUGUCUCAUUUGUAAAUGUAUUUAUAAAUCAACGUUCAAUAAUCAUCGAUAACUUAAUCAUUUCGUUUUUUUUUCAUGCUCUUUCUUAACAAAUUUUCGUCUCGCUAAUUGUACUCAUAUUCCUACUAAUACGAAUUUGCAAAUUCGGAUGAAAUCGAGAAAGUCCUC